GUAGCGUGCGUAAGGAGUGACGUAUGCACCUGGUCUUCCAGUAGCCGACGGCGAGAGGUGCGUUGAACGCAUGCGUCUUGUGGAAGGGUAGAAAAAGGGUCUGCUGGCGAGUCGCGUCGAAGAUAUGGAGCAGGGCUACGGAGGCUAUGGGGCAUGGAGUGCUGGACCUGCAAACACCCAGGGUACAUAUGGAAGUGGUGUGGCCAGCUGGCAAGGUUAUGACAACUACAAUUACUAUGGUGCCCAGAACACCAGUGUCACUGCAGGAGCAACCUACAGCUAUGGCCCAGCCUCAUGGGAGGCCACCAAGGCUAAUGAUGGCGGCUUGGCAGCGGGGGGCCCUGCCAUGCAUAUGGCAUCCUAUGGCCCAGACCCAUGCACCGACAAUUCAGAUUCUCUCAUUGCCAAGAUCAACCAGCGUUUGGACAUGAUGUCCAAGGAAGGAGGCAGGGGCGGGAGCAGCAGCGGUGGGGAGGGCAUGCAAGACCGAGAGAGCUCCUUCCGCUUUCAGCCAUAUGAGUCCUAUGACUCCAGGCCUUGCUUGCCGGAACAUAAUCCCUACCGCCCCAGCUAUAGCUACGACUAUGACUUUGACCUGGGGACCGACCGCAAUGGCAGCUUUGGUGGGCAGUACAGCGACUGCCGGGACCCAGUCCGUGAGCGGGGCUCCCUUGAUAGCUUCAUGAGGGGCCGGGGCCAGAGCCAAGGCCAGGGCCAGGGCCGCUUCCAGGACCGGAGCAAUUCCAGCACCUUCAUGCGCAAUGACCACUUUAUGCCACCCUCGGCUUCCUCGGAGCCCCUUUCUGUUUCUUGGAAUGAGCUGAACUACGUGGGGGGACGAGGUCUGGGAGGCCCCUCCCCCAGCAGGCCACCUCCUUCCCUCUUCUCUCAGUCCAUGGCCCCUGACUAUGGCAUGAUGGGCAUGCAGGGAACAGGCAGUUAUGACAACACUAUGCCUUAUGGAUGUGGUCGGUCACAGACUCGGAUUCGGGAUCGGCCCAGGAGGAGAGGGUUUGAGCGCUUCGGACCAGACAGCAUGGGCAGGAAGCGAAAGCAGUUUCCCAUGUACGAGGAACCAGAAGCCAAACUGGCUCGGGCUGACAGCGAAGGAGAUUUUUCUGAAAACGAUGAUGGAGCUGUCGAUUUCCGGUCAGGAGAUGAAGAAUUCAGGGGUGAGGACGAAUUCUGCGACUCCGGGAGGCAGAGAGGAGAGAAAGAUGAGGAGGACGAGGAAGUGAAGAAGAGAAGAGAAAAGCAAAGGAGGAGAGACAGGAUGCGGGACCGAGCAGCUGACAGGAUUCAGUUUGCCUGUUCAGUAUGCAAGUUUCGCAGCUUUGAAGAUGAAGAAAUCCAGAAGCAUUUGCAAAGCAAGUUCCACAAAGAGACACUGCGAUUUAUAAGUACCAAGCUUCCUGACAAGACAGUAGAGUUCCUCCAGGAAUACAUUGUAAACAGGAAUAAGAAGAUUGAGAAGAGGCGUCAGGAACUGAUAGACAAGGAAAGCACAAAACCAAAACCAGAUCCUUUCAAAGGGAUUGGCCAGGAACACUUCUUCAAGAAGAUCGAGGCUGCACAUUGCCUGGCCUGUGACAUGCUGAUUCCCGCGCAGCACCAGCUCCUCCAACGGCAUCUGCAUUCAGUGGACCAUAACCACAACCGCAGGUUGGCUGCUGAACAGUUCAAGAAAACAAGUCUCCAUGUGGCUAAGAGUGUUUUGAACAACAGACACAUAGUGAAGAUGCUGGAAAAAUACCUCAAGGGUGAGGACCCUUUCACUAAUGAAACCGUUGAUCCUGAAAUAGAAGGAGAUGACAAUUUAGGAGGUGAAGAUAAGGAAGAGACACCUGAGGAGGUGGCUGCAGAAGUCUUAGCAGAGGUGAUUACAGCAGCCGUGAGAGCUGUUGAUGGGGAAGGAGUGCCAGCUGGAGAGAGUGGUGAAAUGCUGGCUGAAGGGCAAGUCCCAGUGGGUGCAACAGAGGCCAGCAGCGAUCUCCACACUGAACAGCUACUGGAAGAGCAGACUUCCUGUGGAACAUCAUCUGAGAAGGGCAAUACUGAAGCUGAGGCAGGAAGUGAGGCCACAGUGCUGGCAGCAGAGCCAGAAAAUGCCCUAACAGUGGCUGUUCCUGCCCCGGCUGCUGUGGAAUCUGAAGUGGGACAAAGUGAUGCAGAGGCCAAAGAUAAUAUUCAUACAGAAUAAUCCUCUUUUUCCCUGUUUCAAGGGAUGUAUUAUAUAAUGCAUUGUUCUUUCUUCUUUGAUUUAUAAGCAGUACUAGGGUGUGUGUUACUGGAAUAUGCUGUAAGCUAAUUUUGAUGAAGAGACUCAACCAUUUCCUUCUGAACUAUGUAACCCAUGGGCUUGUCUUACACAGUUGCGUGGCUUCCCACCUUGAUUGAAGGCAAAAGUACAUUCCCAAAGCAGCUGACAUUUCUCUUUACAUAGCAGUUGGAAUAAUAAAAUUUAGGCAAUUAGAUCUUGAUACUUGUUAAAUAUA